AUGGACGAAGAAAUUCUCCGACAACUUUUGACAGCACAAGAAGGUAUUGAAUUCGCACCAACAGCUGAAAUGAUGAUGAUGAAUUCAACAACGAAUGAUAAUGAUUCGAUUGAUCCUGAAUUAAUUGCCGCACUUCAACAACAAACAGUUCGUAUGAAUCCACCUGCUGUUUCAACAAAUCAUCAUAACACUCAUGCUAAUGAUGAUGAUGAUUUAUUACUUGAAGAUGAAACAGUACUUGAACGUAUUGUUGCAUUAAAAGAAAUGUUUCCGGAAAGUGUUCAAAAUACUGUUGGAAAAUUAAAUCGUGCAGUAAUUAAUACAUCAAAAUUUGCUUAUAGUAAAGGUCGUACAGCAGCAUGGUGGGUAACUUCAACUAUGUGUGUACUUGUUUUUCCGAUUCUUAUUCAAAAAGAAUUAUUACAAGUUGCUGAACAAAUGAGUCGUGAACAACGAUCAAUUCUUCUCGGUCCCCAAGCGGCAACAGGCGCUUUUAGUGGUGCUGCAUUCUAG